AUGGCUCCCUCGUCGACGUCGUCGGUGAGAGGCUUCUUCAGCGGCUCCGGCACCUUUGGCAGGGGCUCUUCACAAGGCCGCGCGAGGAACAACUAUCCACCGCCUCGCCCUCCAUUGCGGUCCACCCACGAGGAUGCCGAGGGCGCCGCCUUUCGACGUCAACGCGUCCAUUCUUUCGUCCAGGCAGGUCGUGCGCAGCUCGACGCCGUCUUCCAGGCGUCGCAGCAGGAGCCCCUGACGAGCUCGCCUGAGACCACCGACGACUCGGAUCUCUCCCCGACCGACGAGGUCGACGCAGGCCGCUCGACAUCGGCCGUGGCCGACGGCUAUCCCUUCCCGCUCCAGCGGCCCGGCGCCGCACUGGCGCGCGCCCCGACCUUCCGCAGCCGACGUGCCUCGACGGCGACGGCCCGAACCGAAUUCAGCGUCUCGAGCGCCAUCAACAAGGGCUACUCGGCCCGCAUCGAGAUCGACGGCAAGGUCAAGCCGCUGGCAUCGGCGCCCAAGCGCAAUGCCUGCCAGACGACGGCAUUUCUCGAUGGGCCGGGAUCGCUCGACAAGAUCUACCGGCCAGGCCAGGACGUCUGUGGUCAGGUCCACCUUGCUCGCUGCGAUCCCGAGCGGGGCAUCAUCACGGGCAUCAAGGCGCGCGUCCGCGGUGACCUCGAGACCAGCGUCUUUGGCGUCGGCGACGCCAGCUUCUACUCGGGUGACAACGAGCACGGCAUCGCCAAGCGCCAGAUUCUGUUCUACAGCGAACAGCAGACCCUUGUCACCAAGGCCGACAUCGAGAGCGGCCGCUUCGACCUCCAAGCCUCGGGCCUGGUCGACCACCGUCGCAAGAACAACCUCGCUGUGCCCUUCAAGUUCGCGCUGCCGAUCAAGAUCCCCGCCACCGCCCUCGACCUGCUCGACAACAAGCUCAAGGCGUCCUACAAGCGCGGCAAAAAGUUUGUCGACCUGCCGCCCAGCAUCUGCAUGGAGACCCGCUACGAGCCGCCCAGGGCGACCCAGAUCUUUGACAAGGCGAGGGAGAGGUACGGCCGCCACCGCGCCAUCCGUCCCAUGGCCCACAUCAAGUACGAGAUCGACAUCAUCGUCACCCGCCAGAGGCUCGGCUCGCAGCUGCUGCCAUCCAAGCGAGGCGAGCGCCUGAUCCUCAGCUUCCAAGUGGAGCCCUACCCGCCCAUGACGGCCGCGCUGCCGGUGCCCAACAUGGACCUGCCGCGCCUCCGUCGCAUGCGGAGCAACGCCACCGCCACGACGCAGCGCUCCGACGAAGAGCCGGGAACGCCAGGCGCCGACGACAGUGGAGCGCAGGGCGACGAGGAAGAGGAGGACUCGUGGACUCGGGAUCUCGGAGGCUACCGAGAGCCUACCGAGGUCUUCGGCGCGCUCCCCCGCGAGACCAGCCCAGCACGGAUGCCGACCCGGACCGCCUCGCAGGUCUCGGUGCCGCGGCUGUCGACCCUGGCGCAACAGCCCAAGGUCAAGAAGGUCAGCACCGUCAAGGUGUCCGAGGGAAUGGACGGCCGCCUCACGGGCUGGCUCACCCACACCGUCGAGACCGAGGUUGCUGGCAUCGGCGGCGUCGAGGCCAUCCUCUCGGUGCCGGCGACAGCAGCGUUCUAUAUGGAGACCAAGGUCCCCUUCAGCGUUGAGCUGCGCAUGCCCGCCAAGACGGCCGCCGGUGUCGAACCCACCCUCGAGCUCAACUUGCUGCGUUCGGUGUUGACGUUUUCGCGUCUGGGCACCUUAACGGUCGAGUCCGAGUCGCCCGACUGCUUGGAUGGCUUCAGCGGGCCCGAAUCAUGGUCCGAGAGGAUCCGCAUCCUCAACCUCAAGCGGACGUCCGAGGAUCAGCUGCCGCCAUUCUACGAACCCGGCCGAACGCGGCAGAUGUUUGGCGGCGACUUCGUCAUCAGUCGCUACGAACGUGUGCUGAAGCCACUGUCUCCGGUCGCGCAUAGCCACGGUGGCUUGGCUGCCGGAAGCGGCGGCGGCACCCACGGCAGGAAGGGAAAGCCCGUGAUGGUGCCUGAAUUCUGCCUCGUCACGCCCAGCUUCUCUUUCAAGGCGCUGCGACUCGAGUACCGCAUCCACGUCAAGAUCGGGCUGACGGAUGCGCGAUCGGAUGCGCCCGCGCACCUGCAACUCGUCACGCCGCCCGUCCUGGUGGCCGGCAGCAUCCGCAAUGAGCUGCAGGGCGAGGAGCGACCCAGCCUCGACGCAUCAACGCCAGGCUUGGCUCCGGCCGCAACCGCCCACAACCGCGAUCAUCGCCACGUCCGCAACAACGACCACAUCCACGAUCACGAGCGCAACGACGACGACGACGAUCACGACGCCACGCCUCUUGCUCACACCCCCGCGCGACUAUCUGUGCAGCUCGGCGGCGACGAAGCGCCCGAGUACUCGCCCAUGACACCUCCCGAGCCGGCAGCGCCCUCGGCAUGGCCUCGAUUCGACUUUCCCUCUCUGGACGCGAUCCCGGACGAGCCAGAGGUCGACCUGGACGAGGAGCUGGGCGAGCAGAUUGCCCUCGGCCUCAUCACGCCAGAGAGGCUCGCCGUGGUCCAGGAGAGGCAGGCCGCCCUCGACCGUUCGGCUGAGCCCAGGUCCGAGACGCUGCUGCCCAGCUACGGCGAGAGCUCUGGCAUCUUUGACGUCUGA